AUGCGUAAAUUUGAGCCGGAUAGCUGGACUCCCGCGGUCAAUGUUACGACCUGGCUUUUCAUGAUAACGGCCAUUCUCAGCAUCUUUACUCGUCUAGGUACCAAAUACUGGAUCUUCCGCAGGUUCACAACAGAUGACUACCUAAGUAUUGUCUCUGUGGUGGCUUGCGUGGGGGAGUCCGUCGCUGUAUCUAUGGCGACUGCCAAUGGAUAUGGAGAGCAUUAUGAAUCCUUAUCUGAAGCAAAUAUGGGGGGUAUCAUGAAGUCGCAGUAUGCCGGUACUAUCCUUUUCCUGACCAGCAUUUGUUUUUCCAAAUCGGCGCUUAUCACCUUCAUUCGCAACAUCACACCCUUCCGCUUGGAUCGCUCCUUUGCUUUUGGACUGGAGGUGUUCACUAUCUUGUGGGCUGUAACAGGUAUAAUUACAGCUACCUUGCAGUGUAAGCCUCCACAAGCUUGGAACUACCUACAUGGAGAAUGCUUCAACAUCGGGGCUUGGUGGAACUAUCUUGGCGUGACAAACAUUCUAUCCGAAACCACAAUAAUCGUGCAAGCGGUCGUGGUAAUUGUACGGGUUCAGGCUCCAUGGAGGAAGAAGGUCACGCUAGGUACUGUUUUCGGACUACGCGUUUUUGUGAUCGCCGCUAUCGUAUGUCAACUUGUGCUCAACGCUAGAACUGCGAACUCGCCGGAUCCCACCUCUGAUACAUCGCCCGCUACUAUAGCCACCCAAGCUGCCCAAUGUCUUAGUAUCGUUACCGCCUGCUCCCCCCAGUUCAAGCCAUUCAUGGACAGUCUACGCUCAACGGGCAUGCGCGCAGAGGGGAUGACCAAGGAGAGCUCCCGGAAACAGUACAGAAGUUCUUUGUCACAUAUGAAGACAACGCUAUUUAGUCAGGACAACACCCUGACUCGGAGUCAGGGAGUUGAGUUAUCCGUCAUUUCCCGUGACCAAGAUGGUGACCAAGCAUUUGCUACGGCAGCAAGAUCUGUACAUGACUCGGACGCCGAGAGCCACCACAGUCAGGCUCAUAUUAUUCGAGAGGCGAGGACGUGGACUGUGACAGAGCCUCGGAGGACUUCGGCAAGAUAUUAUGGGGAACAGUGA